UCUAACAGAAGCUGCAGGUGGAAUCAGCUGACUAUCUCGAGCACCAACGGAGUUGAAUGUCGUCCCUGUCCCAAAUGUCCCGAGGGUCAGGGCAUGGUCCCGCAGUGUGGAUCACUUGUCGAUACUAACGUCACAGUGGAGUGUGUACAAUGUAAACCUGGCGAAUCAUACUCUGAUAAGCAUGACAUCUCUUCGUGUAAGCCGUGCACCAUCUGUGACCCUAACGAAGAAACCAUAAGCCCUUGUACUGCCACGAAGAAUGCGGUUUGUGGAGAGUGCAAUGCUGGUUUCUAUCGAGCUACAACCGGAGAUUGCAAACCUUGCAUGAGGUGUUGUGCUGACAAUAAAGACGAAGACAUAGAGAAACAGUGCAAAGCGCAGACCAACCUCCCAGCAAACCAGAUAUGUCGGUACGAUGUCAACACCAUCAAUUGCGCGCCUACUGCAUACAGGACAACUGCGCCUACUGUGUUAGUUUCCACGGCUCCCGCAAUCGCACAUGACAAGAUGGCUGCCCGCUCUGAGGACGGAGGCAGAGCUAGUACUAUUUGGCUUGUAGCUGUUGUUGCUUGUGUUGCUUUUACUGCGUGUGUUUCAUUUGGAGUGUUGCUGUUUGUCUGCUACAGAAAGCAAUUUUUAUCACAGUAUUUGUGCUACUCAAGAAGGCAUGCAGACGGUGGCGCAGUAAUUUCAGCUCCUAUCCAAGCGGAAUGUUUGCAGCCUUUAAGUCCUCCGAUUGUGACUGGGAGUGACUCUCCUAAAUUGCAAAUGGUAUAACCCUCAUAGCCAAGCGAACAGGUGGACUGAGAUAUCUACGAGCUCUAUAUCUGCCGCAUGGCACUUCGACCCACUUCUAGAUCGUUUUCACGUGACGUCAUUAAGUUCUAAAAUUUAAAUCUAAACAGCCACGAAAAUUUUUAUCGUCAUUAGGCAUAAGGGGGUUUAAAUUCGUAUCCCUUUUCAACUUUUCAGCUUAACAUCGUGCUUGGUUUGGAAACCAGCGCAGUUUGAAGUUCACAGUUGUGGCGUUGCGUGACAUACACCUCUGAUGGUAUCUUUCGAAAAAUAUACAUUUAUCUUAAGAUUUUUAGCCUUUUUAGGAGUUUAAGUGUUAAUAAAAGUGUAUGUGUUUGUUGGUUCAGUUCAGAUAAUCAGUCGACUAAAUAGCCAAAGUAAGUUCCAGAUGUUCACAUUAUUUUCCUGCCGCCAUAUUGGUGCACCAAAGAGGUGCACCAACAUGGCGACUCCUUACAGUGCCCUUGCAAAUUUGCGCAAAAUAUUUCGACGAAUAUCUGAAGUUUGGAAAAACGAAAAGGCCUAAGACUUGAAGGAGUGUCUUCUUUACCUAUCUCCUACAACAUUCCAAUUUCUUGACCUUAUUCAUUAAAUAGUUUUCGAUUUAUUUUUUCGUUGCACAAGAGUGAAAACGAUCUAUAAUUAGCCUUGUUUUGUUAAUCAUGUUCUGAUCAUUUUAAUGUUUUGGUCAUUCUUACUAACAAAGGCGAUGCGGCACGGAUUUUUGUUAGAGAGACUGUUUCCUGUUGUCUCAGAAAGGCGCUAGACUUAAUUAGAAACAUAUAGUGCUUAUUCCUCAUUUAAUCCCGCUUAACGUAUUCUAUUCAAAGGACCGGUCAUUAUUUAUCAUUUGGGAGGGGUGGGUGAUGGUAGGUUGUAUUUUACUAAAAUCUGACCUCCAUAUUUUAACUUAACAUUAUAUCAAUUCAAGAUGAGGAAAAUUAGUUAUUGUUUUCGAGUUAUAUGUUAGAGAGCUAUAUGCAAAUGUGACAAAUGUUUUUAUGAAAAUCUUUUCAGGAAAGUUUAAAAAAUCUUCUGAAACAACAAUUGAUAUCCCUGUGACAAACAAGUCACGGAAACUCAACUUCAGCGUAGAAUUUAGCACGAAUAGGUAUCCAAGAUAUGGCCAAAUAUGCCUUAGGCGUGGCCUGAGUGGCCUGGCCUGGGCCGGGCCGUUCAAAGCACGAAGCUAACCGAGGGUCAGCCAACAAUUUUUAUCUAGCUUUGUAGCUUUGCGGACAGUUUUUUUUUUUUUUUAAUAUUUUUCCUUCAGUUUUGCCUCACGUUAUGAUAAAAGGCUUUAUAACGUAAGCGCUAAUGUACGCUUUAUUUAUGGAUUAUCACUGGUUGCCUUUAGAACAAAAAAGCCCUGGUGUGUCCAAAGAAAGCUUUGUAAUGCACUUUUAUUUAAUUCAGCCGAAAAUGCAACUCUAUAGGAUUAAGAAAGGUAAAAAAAAAUAACCCAUAACGAUUAGCUAAAACAAUGCAGGUAGACUGCCAGUUUUAAACAAAAAGGUUAAGAAAGGUGGUAGUUACACUUCAAUGUUCAAUAAAGUUAUGAUGUUAUACAAUAA